GUAGUUAACAGUGAAGUGAAGAUGGCGGCGGACGGUCGCCUUCAGCUGCGGCUCGUUCUGCUCCUGUGUCUCUGCGGCUCCGGCCUCGGCCAGAAGGCAGCCGGCGGCCCGGUGGACAAGCCCGGUCCCCCGGUCCACAGGGCCGUGGACCCCCCGGUCCUCAGGGCCGCGGAGCCCCCUCACAAGGAGGCACCUGCCGCGGCCUCGCAGCCUCGCAGGGCGGGCGGCUGGAAGCUGUCGGAGGAGGAGGCCUGCCGGGAGGACCUGGGCCGGCUCUGCCCGCAGCACACCUGGACCAGCAACCUGGCCGUGCUGGAGUGCCUGCAGGACCGCAGAGAGGAAAGUGACCUCGCUCCCGACUGUAACCAUCUCCUGUGGAACUACAAACUCAACCUGACCACGGACCCAAAGUUUGAGUCGGUGGCCACAGAAGUCUGUAAGAGCACCAUCGCUGAGCUGAAGGAGUGUAACGAGGAGGAGCGAGGGAGGGGCUACCUGGUGUCCUGCCUGGUGGAUCACCGUGGCAACAUCAGCGAGCACCAGUGUAACCAGUACAUCACCAAGAUGACCGGCAUCGUCUUCAGCGACUUUCGACUCAUCUGUGGCUUCAUGGACAAAUGUAAAGAGGACAUCAACAGCCUGCACUGCGGCAGCAUCAACGUGGGACUCAAGGACGUGCACUCCCAGGGGGAAGUGAUUUCCUGUCUGGAGAAGGCGCUGGUGCGGGAGGCGGAGCAGCAGGAUCACGCUCGUCCAAUCAAAGAAGAGUGUCAGAGGUCGAUCCUGCGGGUGGCCGAGCUGUCGUCAGACGACUUCCACCUCGACCGACAUCUGUACUUCUCCUGUCGAGACGACCGGGAGAGGUUCUGUCAGAACACUCAGGCGGGAGAAGGGAAAGUCUACAAGUGUCUGUUCAACCACAAGUUUGAAGAGGCCAUGUCAGAAAAGUGCCGCGACGCUCUGACCACCCGUCAGAAGCUGAUCUCUCAGGACUACCGGGUCAGUUACUCGCUGGCUAAGGCCUGUAAGCUGGACCUGAGGAAGCAGCGCUGCAGCCUGGACACCAACCUGCCGCGAGCCCGCGAGGCCCGGCUGUCCUACCUGCUGCUGUGCCUGGAGGCCGCCGUGCACCGCGGUCGCACGGUCAGCGGCGAGUGUCAGGGCGAGAUGGUGGACUACCGGAAGAUGCUGAUGGAGGAUUUCUCUCUGAGUCCGGAGAUCGUGCUGCACUGCCGGACGGAGAUCGAGGCCCACUGCUCCGGGCUGCACCGCAAAGGCCGCACGCUGCACUGCCUGAUGAGGAUCGGCCGCGGCGACCGCAGCGCCACGGUGGAGGGCGUCUGCCAGAACGCACUGCAGAGUCUGAUCCAGUCGGCCGACCCCGGAGCCGACUACCGGAUCGACCGGGCGCUCAACGAGGCGUGCGAGUCGGUGAUCCAGACCGCCUGCAAGCACAUCCGCACCGGAGACCCGAUGAUCCUGUCGUGUCUGAUGGAGCACCUGUACACGGAGAAGAUGGUGGAGGACUGUGAACACCGACUGCUGGAGCUGCAGUAUUUCAUAUCCAGAGACUGGAAACUGGACCCCAUCCUGUAUAAGAAGUGUCAGGGUGACGCCGCCCGCCUCUGCCACACCCACGGCUGGAAUGAGACCAGUGAGCUGAUGCCGCCGGGCGCCGUCUUCUCGUGUCUGUACCGCCACGCCUACCGCACGGAGGAGCAGGGACGGCGGGUAAAUCCAGAGGAUCAGUUAUCUCGGGACUGUAAGGUGGAGGUGCAGAGGAUUCUCCACCAGAGGGCGCUGGACGUGAAGUUGGAACCGGAGCUUCAGAAAAAAUGCAUGACCGACCUCGGCAAGUGGUGCAGCGAGAAGACGGACACGGGACAGGAGCUGGAGUGUCUGCAGGAUCAUCUGGAGGACCUGGUCUCUGCCUGCAGGGAGGUCGUGGGGAACCUGACGGAGCUGGAGUCAGAGGACAUCCAGAUCGAUGCUCUGCUCAUCAGAGCCUGUGAACCAAUCAUCCAGGCCCACUGCCACGACGUCGCUGAUAACCAGAUCGACACGGGCGACCUGAUGGAAUGCCUGGUUCAGAACAAACACCAGAAAGAGAUGAAUGAGAAGUGUUCAGUCGGCGUGACGCACUUCCAGCUGAUUCAAAUGAAGGAUUUCCGGUUCUCCUACAAGUUCAAGAUGUCCUGUAAGGAGGACGUUCUGCAUCUGUGUCCCAACAUCAAGAAAAAGGUGGACGUGGUCAUGUGUCUGAGCUCCACCGUGAGGAACGACACGCUGCAGGACGCCCGGGAGCAGCGCGUUUCUCUCAAGUGUCGCAAGCAGCUGCGGGUGGAGGAGCUGGAGAUGUCGGAGGAUAUUCGCUUGGACCCAGAUCUGUACGAGCCGUGUCGAUCGGACAUCAGCCGACUUUGUCCCAACGUGAACUAUGGUAACGCUCAGAUGAUCGAGUGUCUGAAGGAGCAUAAGAAGCAGCUCAGUCUGCGCUGUCACCAGCGGAUCUUCAAGCUGCAGGAGGGCGAGAUGACCGACCCCGAGCUCGACUACCAGCUGAUGAGGGUCUGCAAGCAGAUGAUCAAGCGGUUCUGCACUGAGAACGACGCCAGGAACGUUCUUCAGUGUCUGAAGCAGAACAAGAACAGCGAGCUGAUGGAUCCCAAGUGCAAACAGAUGAUCACCAAGAGACAGAUCACACAGAACACAGACUACAGGUUGAACCCGGUGCUGAGGAAAGCCUGUCGAGCCGACAUCCCAAAGUUCUGCCAGCCCAUCCUGAACAAGGCGGGCGAGGACAGCGAGCUGGAGGGUCAGGUCAUCGCCUGCCUCAAACUCAAAUACGCUGACCAGCGGCUGUCUCCAGACUGUGAGGACCAGAUCCGGGUGAUCCUGCAGGAGUCGGCGCUGGACUACAGACUGGACCCGCAGCUGCAGAUGCACUGCUCAGACGAGAUCUCCAUGCUGUGUGUGGAGGAGGCAGCAGCCCAGGAACAGACGGGUCAGGUGGAGGAGUGUCUGAAAGUCAAUCUGCUGAAAAUCAAACAGGACGCCUGUAAAAAGGAAGUCCUGAACAUGCUGAAGGAGAGCAAGGCGGACAUCUUUGUGGACCCGGUGCUUCACACGGCCUGCGCCCUGGACCUCAAGCACCACUGUGCCGCCAUCACACCCGGCCGAGGAAGACAGAUGUCGUGUCUGCUGGAGGCGCUGCAGGACAAAAGAAUCCGUCUGCAGCCCGAGUGCAAGAAAAGACUUCAAGACCGGAUCGACAUGUGGAGCUACGCUGCAAAGGUGGCGCCAGCAGAGGGCUUCUCAGACCUGGCCCUGCAGGUGAUGACGUCGCCCUCUAAGAACUACAUCCUGCUCAUGAUCUCCGUGAGCGUGUGCAUCCUCUUCCUGGUCGGGCUGCUGUGCGGUCGCAUCACCAAGCGAGUGACGAGAGAACUGAAGAAUCGGUAGAGGAGAAGAAAAGACUCACGCCUCACAUCGUCCUAAACCUUCCUCCUCCUCUUCCUCUUCCUCCUCCUCCUCUCUCAGAUGCCCGAUCUGUAACCAGCCAGCCUGCACAGUGCCAACGCCAGUGGUCACAUCUGGAUCCCGUCCUUGGUGUAAAACUCUUUUGUUUGGCUGCUGCUGCAGAUUUGCAUCAAAUGCAAAACUUUUCCCACCGCUCGUGAAAAUCUUUCAUCUUUACUUGGACGUCUCUGAACAUCAGGAGAGCAGCGACUGUUGGACCCGUGUCCCCGAGGACGUUGUCCGGGGUGGGGGGUGAAGUCGAUGUGACGGCUGCUCCUGACGUCUGGAUUUGUUUCCACCCGUUAAGUCCUGAUGCUUUUUGUGGUAUUUUCGAGGAGCAUGUGGAGCAACAGGAAGUGAUUUCUUUCUAAAAGAGACUGCGGCCGCUUGAAUCGCACACGUGGCAACUCGUUCUCUCGUGGCUAAGUUUGAAUUCGGAGACGUUCCCCUGUUGCUUGGAAACAUUUGUCCCGACGUCCUCUUGGCUCCUCGUGUCCCCGGGUCCAGUUCCGACUCUCGUCUCUCGCUACUGAAAACUCCCUCUGACUGGACGUGAAGGUCAAGCUGGUCUCCGUCAUCAGGAAUGUUGUGUGCACAUAUGUUUAAAAACGUCAUUUAAAUGCUAAUUAAAAUCUUUGCACUUUUCUUUUUUUUAAUUUUAUGCCUUAUUUAUUGUCGAUUAAUGACAAGGUUCUGAAUUAAGUCAAGUUAAGUUUUCUGUGUGGCUGAACGUUUCUCUCUUGGGAGGUUUUGUAAGUUGUGGUUUCAGCAGUGAAGGACGAGGCUCCGCCCACGUUCCUGUUCUCGUUUGCCUUUAACGAACUUUAACGAGAGACCUCAUGGCGUCAACGUAGAGUUCAUACACGAGACCCGUGUGUAACGGCUGAAGUUCUUUUUGUUUUUAUACAUAUUUCAAAUCAUCUCUGCAUCAAGGUUACGCUGCGUGUGACAACUUCUGUAAAACCUGCACUGAGCUGAUGACCCGUUGAAAUGCUUCAGUCCGUCUCUUGUUCUGGUUUGAACCCGAAGAAGCUUUGAACAUGAAUUUGAAACAUGAGACUCGUGUAAAACAGCGGAUUCUCUGCAUAGGAAGUUCUUCUUUUUAACAUAUCUCCAAACAUUUCCGUCUCUAGAGCUGUGACACCACUGUUAAACCUGCACUGAGCUGAUUCACUCUGCAGGAAAAACGACUACAACGAGACCCAAUAGAAUGCAAAGAGACGCACAACUGCAAACAAAACCAAAAUGACAACAGAGACGCAGAGGAACCACAGGACCUGUUGUUUCUUUCAGAUUGGGUGUUGAGUAAAAAAUAGCAGCUAUUUAUUUACAUUACUUCAUAUAUUUGUUAAUAUGAGAAUUUAAUUUGUUUAGCAAAUCUCAACCACAAAUUCUCAUUUUCACGUUUUUCUUGGUUUAAACAAACCAGAUAAAACAUUCUAAUCGACUUCAGAUGUGUCGGUGUUUAAACUCUGACCGAGUGUUUCCCUCGGUUUCCUCUUCUCGUGCUAAGCUAAUUGCCUGAGCUCGUCACAGUGAAACUCCACACCCACAGAAACAGCUGCUGUCGAGCUCAAACUGGUGGAACUGGAAAAUUCUGCUCUUUCUGUUUUUGAUCCAAAGUUGUAACGACUCAGAUUUUUUUUUUUCCUCCACACAGACUGUCGCCUGAAGGCUGAGCUGAAUAUCAACAAUUCAUUUGUUAAUAGAAAAUGAUCUAACCUGUUAAAUCCAUCGCUCAGUAUUUUACAUUUGAUGCAUCUUUGUUUAGCUGAUGUUUAACAAAAGAUGCAAAGAUUAUUCCAAAAUGAUGAAUAUACAUUUUGCACCUUUAACUCUUACUUGCUGUACGUGGCCUCUUCAGAUCGGCCUGUUGCCUCAGUUCUCCGGCGUCGGCUCAUCCACUGGUGAAAAGAUUUCUGAAAACUAGGUUUUUGCAGCUUUUUUUUUUUACAUCGAUGUUUGAAUGAUUUGAGAACGAUUCGGUAGAAGAGGGAACCGCACGCGAGAGGUUUUCUGCUCAAGUUGCAAGAUUAUGACCGAAGAGACGUUUCCUCCCUGAAAGUUUUUCUGAAAUGAACUCCGUGUGUGUGGCGACGUCCGAUGUCGGAUCAGAGAAGUUUAACGGCGUCAGUUUUGUACACAAGUCUCCACGUGUGCAGGUUUUUUGUUCUUUUUCAUUUAUAAAUUUUGCCAUGUUAAUAUGAAAAUGUAACAGGAUCUUUAUUGUGACAUUGGAUUUUGCUGUACAGAUAAAAAUUUGAUUCAAUUUAAUAAAAUCUCUCCAGAUUUUCAUA